GUUGGUUAAGUGCAAAGAUGGCGUCCAUCAUGGAGGGGCCGCUGAGCAAGUGGACUAACCUGAUGAAGGGCUGGCAGUACCGGUGGUUUGUUCUGGACUAUAACGCGGGCCUGCUGUCCUACUACACCUCAAAAGACAAGAUGAUGCGUGGAUCCAGAAGAGGAUGUGUCAGACUGAGGGGAGCAGUGAUCGGCAUCGAUGACGAGGACGACAGCACCUUCACCAUCACCGUAGACCAGAAGACUUUCCAUUUCCAGGCUCGAGACGCUGACGAGCGAGAGAAGUGGAUUCACGCUUUAGAGGGAACGAUCCUGCGCCACGCCCUCCAGCUACGGGAGGCCGAGACGGCGUUCGUUCCCAGCGUUCAGGACUUCGACAAAAAGCUCGCUGAGGCCGACGCCUACCUGCAGAUACUGAUUGAUCAGCUAAAGCUCUUUGAUGAGAAGAUAAAAGACUGCAAAGAAGAUGAAGCACGUAGAAAAAUUGAGAACCUGAAAGAAACAACGUGUAGUAUGGUAGAAUCUAUCAAGCACUGUAUAGUACUGCUUCAGAUUGCCAAGGAUCAAAGUAAUGAACAGCAACACGCAAACGGACUGAUAAGCACCAUAAACCCAGUGGAUGGAGUUUACCAGCCCAGCCCCCUGGACGCCUCUGUAGUCAGUGCCAUUGCCAUGCCAACACAGACCACCCUCCCCACAGAUGGAGCUCAGGUGUGUAAAAUGGAUCAGAGGCCUUCUUCUUUACCCGUGGGUCCUGUGGUCACGGUGAUGGGCAGCCUUCAGACGCCCACUCCCAACAGCACAGGGAGUGGUCCCUCCGCCCCCAGCAGCAGCGUGACCUCGCCCAGUCACAUCAACGUCCCGGCCCACACUGUUCCAGACUUCUCCUACUCCAGCAGCGAGGACGAGUUCUACGACGCCGAUGAGUUUUACCAGAGUAACACCUCUCCCAAACACUGCAUAGACCCCUCCAGAACCCCUGCUGCCAACAGUGAGGUGAACACAGCCCUCAAACGGCCCGACACCACCGAAUCCAUCAACUCCUCCAUGUCUAAUGGCACAACUGAUGCAGAUCAGUUCGACAGUCAUGAUGAGAAGGAUGAUGACGGCGAGGGAGAGUCGGUGGAGGAGCAUAAGAGCGUCAUCAUGCACCUGCUCUCCCAAGUACGACUGGGAAUGGACCUCACCAAGGUGGUUUUACCUACUUUUAUCCUGGAGAGGAGGUCGCUGCUGGAAAUGUAUGCAGACUUCUUUGCACAUCCUGAUUUGUUUGUCAGCAUUGCGGAGCAGCCGGAGCCCCGGGAGCGCAUGGUGCAGGUGGUGAGGUGGUAUCUCUCAGCCUUUCACGCUGGCCGGAAAGGAUCUGUGGCCAAGAAGCCCUACAACCCCAUUCUGGGAGAAGUGUUCUUCUGCCACUGGGACAUACCCUGUGAAACCGAGGAUCCUGCAUCAGUGGAGCCUGUAUCAGAAGGACCAGUGCCAUUAUGUAGCAGGGGCAGUGUGUCGUUUGUGGCGGAGCAGGUUUCCCAUCACCCCCCGAUAUCUGCAUUCUACGCUGAGUGCAUCAGCAAAAAAAUCCAGUUCAACGCACACAUCUGGACCAAGUCCAAGUUCCUCGGGAUGUCCAUCGGGGUGCACAAUAUUGGCCAAGGCUGUGUGUCCUGUCUGGAACAUGAUGAACACUACAUCCUCACUUUCCCCAACGGCUACGGCAGGUCAAUCCUGACAGUUCCGUGGGUGGAGCUCGGUGGCGAGUGCAAUAUUUCCUGUUCGAAGUCCGGCUACAGUGCCAACAUAGUGUUCCACACCAAACCCUUCUACGGAGGAAAGAAGCACAGGAUAACCGCAGAGAUCUUCGGCCCAAACGAUAAGAAAUCAUUCUGCUCUAUUGAAGGAGAGUGGAAUGGAGUGAUGUAUGCAAAAUGGCUAACUGGGGAAAACUCUGUGUUCAUUGACACGAAGAAGCUGGGCAUUAUUAAGAAGAAGGUGCGGAAGUUGGAGGACCAAUUAGAUUAUGAAUCCAGACGUCUGUGGAGAGACGUGACGCUGAACCUGAAGCUGAGGGACAUUGAUGCAGCUACAGAUGCUAAACACCGUCUGGAGGAGAAGCAGAGAGGCGAGGCCAGAGAGAGGAAAGAGACGGAGGUUCAGUGGGAGACUAGAUUGUUCCACGAGGACGGCGAGUGCUGGGUUUAUGACGAGCCGCUCUUAAAGAGAAUGGUGUCGCUACGGCACUAAUACAGCCUCUCUCUGAAACGCCGGAGUCUGGAAAAACAGAACUCUUUUACAAUUCACCUUUCAUCUAAAGCCUUGGAAUGACUGAUGAAUGGACAUUUACACAGCUUUGCAUUUUGGAAAUGAAUGAUGAUGAUGAUAAUGAUGAUGAUGAAAAAGCAGAAAAAAAAAAAAGAAAUGAACUGUGUACAAAUAAAUAUCGAAAUUACAAAUUACUCCUUUAUCGCCAACUUCAGCACCACCUCCACGUCUCCACCGCCCUUUCAGCAAGGAAAACAAGAAACAAACAGCACCACAGAAAAACACAGAAACACAGAGGUAGUUAUUAACGGCCCCUGAGCAACACGGGCAGAUGCUCCUGUUCUGGGGAUGAUCCCAGAGGUGAUACGUCUGUCCCUUUUGGGGGGGAGAAAAAGGGGGCGGGGCAGAGGAGUCGUACGCAUUGAUUGGGUGGAAAAGGGGGUCAAGGUGUUUCAUUCGCGUUUCAAUCGAACAAACUCUGAAAACGACAGCGUUCUGUAUCUCAGGGAAUCCGGAGACUGAGGAUUGAAGGCUGUAUCUAUCACUCGACGUUCGAAAGGCCUUAAAGGUGGAAGAACUGCAACAUGGGAGAACUUGGCUCGCUUACAGCUAGCUACAGAUAUUUAUAUAUAGAACCUAUGAUUAUAAAUAAAUAUAAAUAUAUAUAUUCUCCUUUUUCCAUCUGUAACUUGGGCAAUAGUAAUGGAUUGAAAAAAUAUGAACUUGAAGAAAAAAAAAAAUCAACAUAAAAUCAACCAACUCACCACAACGUACCAUCAUCAUCCAUUCCAUCGAUUUCCUCUCUCUCUGUGUCACCCAUUAAACUGGAGAAAACCCCAACCUCCUCCUCCUCCUCUUCUUCUUCUUUACCUUCUUCUUCUUCUUCUUCUUAAAGGGAGAAAAAAUACAUUUUGCUUAUCUAAGGAUAAUCUAAUUUAAUUUAAUCUGAUUUGAUCUGAUCUGAUUUCGUUCACCCAUGAAGAGGACCAGUGAAAGAAGCAAAACGAGGAAAAAAUGAGGAAAAUCUGAACAUCUGAAGGAGGAAAAUGUGAUGCAUCACUGUUACUGUGAUAGUUCAUUCUAAUUCAGGCAACACUGUUAAUUAACUGUCCUAUAUUUUUAUAUUUUUGUUUAUUUGGGUUUGAGUUGCACAUAAUAUGAUAACAUGCUUUAAGGGCCAAUCAGAGCUCUAAUGUGCAAAUUGUGAAGGUAAAACUAAGGGAAAUAUAAGUACUAUACAGUGGCAUGCAGACGUUUGGACACCUCUGGUCAAAAUGUGUUAUUUAGAAUAGCUUAAAGAAGAAAAUGUGACUGUAAAUGAUUUCCAAAAGGCAUAAAGCUCUCAAAAAGAAAUAUAUAAAUAUAGCCCUGGAAAAAAAUCAAGAGAGCAUUUCAGUUUCUGAAUCAGUUUCUCUGAUUUUGCUAUUUAUAGGUUUAUGUUUGAGUAAAAUUAACAUUGUUGUUUUUUUUCUAUAAACUACUAAAAUAACAAAGAUUAAGAGCAUUCAGACCUCAAAUAAUGCAAAGAAAACAACAAGUUCAUAUUCGUUCAGAAAUCAAUAUUUGGUGGAAUAACCCUGGUGGUUUUUAAUCACAGUUUUUUCAUGCAUCUUGGCAUCAUGUUCUCCUCCACCAGUCUUACACACUGCUUUUGGAUAACUUUAUGCUUUUACACUUCGGGUGCAAAAAUUCAAGCAGUUCAGUUUGGUGGUUUGAUGGCUUGUGAUCAUCCAUCUUCUUCUUGAUUAUAUUCCAGAGGUUUUCAAUUUGGUAAAAUCAAAGAAACUCAUCAUUUUUAAGUGCUCUCUUUUUUUUUUUCUUUUCCAGAGCUGUAUAUAUAGGAGGUCAAUUCAUCUUCUGCUCAGUUAACUAUUCACUAUAACAGAUGUUUUUACCAGGGUUGUCCAAGCUUUUCACGUCACUGUGUAAAAAAAAAAAAAAAAAAAAACUCUAAAAGUUAAAUUGGUGGAUAGAGACGGGGAUAAUCACACACAGCUCGCCAUGUAUUAAAAUGAACGGUUAUCCUCUUAUUAAAAGCCCCACAAUAAAUCUCUCUCUAUAUAUUUCUAUCUCUAUAUCUCUCUCUCUUAUCCUCACUGUUUUUUCUUUCUCUCUCUCUUUCUGUUCUAACGUUUUAAUACAAAUAAAAACAGGUUUUUACAAAAAAAACUGCCAUAAAGAAAUGGUAAAUUAUUUAAAAAUAAUAAGAAUACAUUUGAAUACAUUUAAAUCGGGUCUAUUUCCAUUUUUCUGUUUUAAUUCUGUAAUAUUUAAUAUUUGCCGCACUAUAACUGUAUAUCAGUACACUCUGGGUGAUUAAAUGGGCAUGUAAUGGUUCAGGCAGAUGUUCUCCAUCUACUGUCGUCUUAAACGGGGUGAAAUUAGAUCAGAACUGGCUGAAGAGGAUCAAUUCCAUGUGUUUUUUUUUAUUAUUAUUAUUAUAUAUAUUUUUUUUCAUGUUGUGUUUGUAAAUGAUUCUGAAAUAAAUCGAGGCCUUGUCACAUACAUGCAUUUAUGUAUUUCACGCAUCACCUCCACCAGUUGCUUUGCAGGAGCAUCCAAACAGCAUACAGCCCCCCCGACAUUAUAUUGAUUGUACCAUUUUCUUGUUUAUUGAUGCAUAAUAUUAAAUCUCAAUGAGACCAA